AUGGCUGAGCUUUCGGACCACGAUUGCGAUAUCAUCACAAACCAUCCUCUAAGCGACUCACUAUACCGAUUACAAGAUCUACUUCAAGAGGCAGAACAAGCAUAUAAUGCUACCACUGACCCUCAAGAUGCAAUCUGCCAAAGGGCAAUAUCAAAGCUUCUCACCACCUUGAUGGGGGAGGAAGCUGCAUUCAACCUUCGUUUUCCAGCAAGCAAUAAAAAUGUGGCAUCUGAGCUGUCAAGAUUGUUCACCUGCCUUCAAGAUGGCGACUUCAGCUACGAACACUACCGCACACUAGUACGACUUAAAAUCCAAAAGGCGACCAAUGUCGAUAUCUGGAAAGCUGUCCUCGACCUCAUCACCACCGUCUCGCGAGCAACCCCUCCGCCCCGAACCGUUUCAUCCAUUCCACAAACUCCCUGGCUGCGCAACACUAGCAGUUUCGUCAAUUCUACAGAAUACCAAAAGCACGUUGACUUUGUGCUGAAGGAGGAGCUUGGAGAGAUACACGUCGAUAUCCCUGGGUUCUUUGAUGCGUACUUUGGAAACAUUCCACAACUCACUGCAACUUCACAAGCGGUGUUGGAAGGGUGCAAGAGGGGAGACAACCCACUUUACACCGAAGCACAAGAGCCGUCCUGGAAGAUCGACCGCAGACCUCUCGCACAGCCAAGCCAGCCACUACAGGGGUCUAUCGCGGAGAGAAAGCUCGAUAUCGGCUUUGUCGAUGAUCUGACGGCCACAGAAGACUCCAGAUGCCGCUGGUCGCAGAUUCUGGUGCCAGGAGAGCUGAAGAAUGAUCUGAAAUACGACAGGAAAUCCGGGGCAUGGUUUGAUCUUGGCAGGUAUUCCAGGGAGGUCCUUUCUGCGCAGGACACUCGUCGUUUCGUGCUGGGGUUCACCCUUUGCGGGCCAUUUCUGCGACUAUGGAACUUUGACCGCCUGGGCGGGAUCGCGUCGGAGGAGUUCAACAUCAACCAGGACGGCCUUCAAUUUGUGUCUGUUGUCCUUGGAUUCCUCCUGAUGAGCCGGGAGCAACUUGGGUUUGAUCCCACCAUCGUCACGACCGGGACCGAACGGUAUAUCGAGAUUGAGAAAGACGGUACGAAGGAACAGCUGAUCAUCGACGGGAUUGUCGGACGAGCACGCUGCGUCGCCGGGCGAGCCACAACCUGCUGGAAGGCACACUGUGAGACUGACAAAUUACGGACGCCGCUGGUUGUCAAGGACUCCUGGCAAUAUCCGGAACGCACUGAGGAAGGAGAGUUGUUGCGAGAAGCGAUGGCGAAGGGGGUCAAGAAUGUGGCGAAGUACUAUCACCACGAAACCGUUCACAUUGACGGCAAGGUCGAUGAUGUCUUGGCUAUCCGAAAGGGCCUCAGUAUUCCGACGAAAGAUGAGAAGGGUGGCUUUAAGGCGACAGUGCGGCGUAGUAUGUCUCAAAGAGGACAAAAGAGCCAGGGCAGCACCGCCGGCCAGAAGCGAUCCUCUGACUGCGUGGACACAGCGCUUCCUCCUCCCCCAAGCAAACGUACCCAGUCAAGUUCUCCGUCCAAACCUGCCGGCGGCUCAACCCAAUUAAACCGAGUGCACCGCCGCGUCGUUAUCCGGGACUACGGGAAACCAAUCUACCAGAGUAGCUCGAAGGCCGUUCUGCUCGCUGCGCUGGCCGGCUGUAUUGAAGGAUACAUGUCACUCCAUGACGAGGCUGGCCUCAUCCAAUGCGACGUUUCCCCCCGGAACCUGAUGGUGAACGAAGACAAGGACAACCCAUCAUGGCCUGCCUUUCUGAUCGACCUUGACCUGGCAAUCAGGGUACAACGGGAUGCAUCUUCCGGCGCACGGGGCAAGACGGGCACCAGGGCGUUCAUGGCCAUCGGUGUCUUGUACGGCGAAAAGCAUUGUUUCAUGCAUGAUCUGGAGUCGUUCUUCUGGGUCCUGUUCUGGAUAUGCAUUCACUAUGACGGCCCAGGGAAGGGAAGCACUGUCGAGCGGUUUGAGAAAUGGAAUUAUAUGAGUACUGAAGAGCUGGCGGCUGCAAAGCAAGGAGUGAUAAGUGAGGAGAGCGACUUUCUUAGAAUUGCUGGAGACUAUUUCACACCGAGCUAUCAGUCCUUCAUCUCUUGUGUCAACCGUUUACGACGGCUUGUCUUUCCAAACGGCGGACGGUGGAAGAAAGAAAAUUCCAAUCCAUCCCGGAACAUGAUUGAAACGCUUCAAGAUGGGGAAAAUAACCCAAACAUUGUAAACUAA